AUGGCCGCUGCUACGACACCUUCCACAUCAGCUACUGAAUCCAAUUUCCGUCAAGGACUAUCCGGAUGUACGUCCCCUCCCUCUGUAUCGUGUACGGUCCGAGCCUCUCUACACGGCAAACUGACGUCGCUCUCCUCCCCCCCACUCCACUCCUCCGCUGCUCGCGUUCAGUCGCUUGGGCACGACCAGGUGCAGUCAUCGACGACUCGGCAAACUCGACCGCGCCGACCAACUUCUUCACAAGAUGGACUUCCUCCAUUUCCGGCGCCAUUCCCGUCCGGUCGGGUGAACGGACGAAUGAGGAAGAGGCGUCAGUGAACCCCACUAGCGCAUCGCCUGAUCCAAGGGGCCAGCUUGCGACGAAGCAGCUGACGACGUUCCCCAAAACAGCUACUUUGCCUUGUCGAGAUGGGAGCGCUUCUCCGGUUUCUUGCUCUGCACGGCAGGAGCGGCGUUGUGCUUCUUCAUCGCGUUCUUUAUCGGCUUGCCCUUGCUCGCUCUGAAGCCGAGGAAAUUCGCCGUCAGUUUUCAAACUGCCGAGUUCCUGUCGAGCUUGAGCGCAAGCACAUACUCACCGAAUGCUGUACCGAUCUUACACCUCCAGGUCUCGUUCUCGUUGGGCAGUGCAAGUCCAACCGUCGAAAGCUUUGCUCGAAGCGAGCCUUGCAUCUCCGAGCUAAUCUGACCUUGAACCCUCCUCCCCUCCUCUCGACCAAAAAACAGAUCCUCUUUAUGGUCGGGUAAGCUCCACUCUCCACUACGUCGCCCCUUUGUCAGAGACUCAUCCCACUGUGAUUCGCACCCACCCUAGCUUCGCGAUCCUGCAAGGCCCCUUGGCGCACCUCAAACACAUCUGCAACGCCGAACGACUCCCCUUCACGGGAGCCUAUUUCGGUUCCUUGUUUUUGACUCUAUAUUUCGCCAUAGGAGUUCGUCCAAACACCUCUUGGGGGAACACAAGUAAAACCAAAACUUCGUUGGCUGAUUCCUUGUGGCUCCGACCCCCCGCUCCGCCCGAAUAGAGACAAGCCUAUCUACCGACCCUAAUUCUCGCGAUCGUGCAAUGCGCCGCCCUCGUUUCUUACUUUGUCGCUUAUUUCCCGUACGUCCCCCCCCCAACCCGAACCCGAAAAUAUUCAAAACUUCGUCGACUGCUUUCUCUCAAAGUGUAUUAUCGGAAGGCUGAUGUUUCGCUUUCGUCGUGUACGUGCACAGCGGAGGGAUGCAAACUUUACAAUUCGGUUCGAGGAUGGCGUUGAGAGGCGCCGGUUCGGUUAGUUGCUGCCCAUCGAUCCUUACCCGAGACGAGAUGGCUGACUUUUCCUUCUUUGGAGUGUUAGUUGUUACCCGUAUAA